UGUAGAGAAUAGUACAAAUAAAUCUUUCUAUGGGUAGGUGUGUCCGAACUUUUGACUGGUACCGUACAGGUGAAUGCGGAGCUUGGGGUCCAAUCGCAGGGUCAGUGCCUUCAUCUGCUGCCCUGGGAGCAUUUCUGGUUUUAGUUCUCUGGACAUCAAAAGCUCAUGACUAACAGUCACAGCUUUGAUAAAGUUGUCUACUCUGCUUCUGGCUGAACAGUCAGCUGCCCCCCCCCCCCAAUUUGGGAUCUAACUGUCAACACCUAGUGCACAGGUGGUCUGGAGAGGUCGGCUAGACUGAAGUGCAGAGAAGAAUACUAGAACAAGAUCAAAAAUCAAGCCAUUGAGUGAUCGGUGAAAGAAAGAGAAAAAGAGAGCUCACAGACCUCAGUCAGGGAUCAGGGAUGGUAAGCAGAAGAACAGACAUUGUAGUAGCUAGUAGCAAUUGAUCAGAGGGGGACAGGCAAAGAGUGAAAGAGUAAGGAUGACAGUGGUGACACCCAUGCUUUGGUCUGUGCUUACAUCAAAAAACUCCAUGCUGUUUAAAGAUGAAACCAAUGAGGCAGAAUUAAUAGAUAUUCCCUGUCUUAAUAAGGAACUUUGUUUCCUCCCUGUGGCAGCGUUGAUGAUAAGUGUAUCACGUCGCCCUCUUGUGUCCAGGUGGACCUAUAACAAUUUGCAUGAAUUAGUAGCAGUCAGUAGUUACUCCUAUAUAACUGAAUGUGUUUAUUAUUCCUAAAGGUACUAAAGAUUUAAACACAUUCUUUGCUGUGUCAUUGAAAGAAUUAUUUUAAUUGCUACUUAUUCAGAACAAAAAGUGACAUGAACGCAAUAGCGCGGUGAGAGGUCAGGUGCAUUACGGUCGGAGCGCGCUCAGUGUGUCAUGGUAGUGCUUAGUAGUGCUGACCAAUAGCUGAGUCACCUCUCCUGUAUUAUCUAAUACAAUAUAUUGCUUUCAUGGCAGUUUGCUGGGUGGUCAUGGAACAGCAGCAUCCGGGGUGCCGUGCAUUAUCCAGCUCAGUAAAGAAGGUGGAGAUUAAAAUGGGGGAGGGGAUGGCUGUGUAGGGAUAAGAGGACAGGAAUAGAUGGAUUAAUCGCGGCUUGGAAAGUCAUAGAUGGUGCUACUUCGGGGCAAAAGAAAGCGACACUCUACGACAGCCAUGAGGACGAGUCGCAGGUCGAGCAAGGCGGAGGUGCCCUCCUUCCUGCGGCAGAUCAUCAAGGAGACAGAGCGGAUGGUCGCAUUUUUCUUUAAGGGGACCCAGGGGCAAGAUGGGGGUGAGGAAGAGGAGGGGGAAGAUGAGGAAGAGUCCAGUGCCUAUCUGGAGCGGCCCGUCCUGGAGAAGCACCUGGAGGAGGGGAGUGAUAGGUGCGGCAUCAGCUACGCGGUGGGCAGCAUGCAGGGCUGGAGGUCACGCAUGGAGGACGCGCACACCUGCAUCCCCGAGAUGGCCGCAGACAUGUCCGGCUGGGGUUACUACGCCGUGUACGACGGGCAUGCCGGCAACAUGGUAGCCGAGUACUGCUCCAGACACCUGCUGGAUCACAUACUGGCCACAGCGGAAGAUGACCCAGCGGAGGUUAAAGAAGGGAUCCGAGAGGGUUUCCUGAACAUCGACAGGCACAUGCACAGUCUGGCCCGCAGUGCAUGCUGGGACUGCAGUGGCUCCACCGCCGCCGCCGUCAUGUUCUCGCCGCGCCGCAUCUACCUCAUCAACUGCGGCGACUCGCGGGUGCUGCUGUGCCGUCACGGCCUGGUCUGCUUCUACACCGAGGACCACAAGCCGUGCAACCCGCGGGAGAAGGCGCGCAUCCAGAAUGCCGGCGGCUCCGUCACCCUGCAGCGCGUCAACGGCUCGCUGGCUGUCUCCCGGGCCCUGGGCGACUUCGACUUCAAAGAGGUGGCCUGGCGGUCACAGACGGAGCAGCUGGUCUCGCCCGAGCCCGAGGUGUUCCAGCUGGAGCGCUCACCCGCAGACGAGUUCCUAGUGGUGGCUUGCGAUGGCGUGUGGGAUGCCAUGGACAACGAGGAACUCUGUGCUUUUGUGCGCGACCGGAUGCAGGUCACUGAUGACCCGCGGGAGGUCUGCGCUCAGGUCAUAGACCUCUGCCUCUACAAGGGUAGUUUGGACAAUAUCAGCAUUAUCAUCAUCCGCCUCUCUGGCGCCCCCAAGGUGUCACCGGAGGCACUGCAACGGGAAGCUGCCCUGGAACAGCUGAUUGAGAGCAAAGUAGCAGACAUCUACCAAGAGCUAAGAUCAGAAGACCAGGGCCCUGACCUCCUGAAGGUGAUGAAGCACCUGACCUCGGAGAACAUACCCGGACUACCACCAGGUGGCGGCAUAACCAGCAAGUGA